AUAUGAAGGUACGAUUUAUAUUGAGUACAAAUUUGUACCGGAAGUCCAAGUGCAGGGAACCAAACCAGGAAGUGAAUUUGUUUUUAACAGACGAACUUUGGAAAAGAAACAAUGAGCGACCAGAAAAAAACUAUAUGUAUAAUUGGAUCUGGAAACUGGGGCUCUGCUGUUUCAAAAUUAGCAGGCGAAAGUGCAUUGGCACAACCGGACAAAUUUGAGGAGAGAGUUAACAUGUACAUGUAUGAGGAAAAUUUUGAAGGGCAGAAACUCACAGAAGUUGUCAACCAAAAACAUGAAAAUGUGAAAUAUCUACCUGGUGUGAAAUUACCAGAAAAUGUGGUUGCUGUGCCAGAUGUUGUUGAAGCCAGUAAAAAUGCAGAUGUUUUGAUCUUUGUGAUGCCCCACCAGUUUGUUAGGGAAACUUGUAAACGUAUGAAAGAACAUGUAAAAGAUACUGCGUUAGCUGUUUCAUUGAUUAAGGGUUUUGAUUUGCAUCCGGAGACAAAAGGUAAAAUCGCAAUGAUUUCAAACCUGAUAGAAGACAUUCUGGGGAUAGAUUGUUGUGUACUGAUGGGAGCUAAUGUUGCACCAGAGGUAGCUGCAGAACAGUUUUGUGAAACUACUAUAGGUUGCAAGACAAAAGAGCAGGGUUAUCUUCUGAAGUCUAUAUUUGAGAAGCCAUAUUUAAGAGUGUCACUAUGUAUGGAUAUAGAUACAGUGGAAAUGUGUGGGGCUCUCAUUAACGUAAUUGCCAUAGGGGUUGGUAUAGUGGAUGGUAUGGGUCAAGGUCACAAUACAAAAGCGGCAGUUCUACGACUUGGUCUCAUGGAGAUGGUGAAGUUUGGAGAAUUAUUUAUCCAGGAUUGCCAGAAGAUCACAUUCUUUGAGAGUUGUGGAAUGGCUGACCUUGUAGCAACGUGUUAUGGUGGACGGAAUAGACAAUUAGGGGAAGCUGUUGUCAAGUCAGAUAAGCCUAUAAAACAGUUGGAGAAAGAUAUAUUACGUGGUCAGAGUUUUCAAGGACCAUUGGUUGCAAAAGAGAUCCAUGAAAUUCUUGUUGAAAGAAAUAUAGUUGAAAGGUUUCCAUUAUUUGAAGCUAUUUACAAGAUCUGUAAUCGUGAAAUGGAACCUACAGAAUUUAUAAACUGUCUACGUUGUCAUCCAGCGCAUAAAUUCUCUAGAAAAGCCCGUCCUUCUAUGUUCUUCUACUGAGAUAGUUGACCUAUAUUCUGUAUAUUCAUAAUGACCUUUGUGUCAAAGACCCAGGUGGCAUAUAGUGUUUGAACUGUCCCUCCUACAGUUUUCAUCUAAUUCAAAUGAAACUUCGUAUUCAUCUUCAACUUGAAGUGGACAUGCGCACAUAUCCUAGACUUUCAUGCCCUGUUAUUAUUUUUUGGGUUAUGUCCAUUUUUUGGACUUAGCCAUAAUAUAACUAGUAACUAUAUUGUAAUCUUUUUCAUUUAAUACAUUUACAUAAAAUGAUAUUUGAUGCUUGUUUCAAAAUUACAGAAAGUGCUCUCAAACAGUGGAGACAAAUUUUAUACGUCAAAAGUGCCAUUAAAAUUAAGUUUUAUUUUUUGUUUCCAUCAAAGAGUGACAUCUCUGAUGUAAUGAUUAUAAAUUUGUUAAUGAAAAUUGCUUAUUGGAAACUGUCUUAUCAUCAGAACUUGAAUUUACAUGCGACUAAUUUCAGUCUUAACCGAAGGUAUUUUGACUUUUUAUAUGCAUGGAUGUAGAAAGCUGCGAACAUAUGAAAUCUAUGGUUAAAUAAAUGAAGGAACUUGUGAUUUGUCUUGAAUAUAUAGGGUUUAAAUUUAUUGUUGCCCUGAUAUCUGUUGAACUUUUAUUGUGUCGUUCUAGUGCCAUAUAUGCCGUAUAUAUUGUUUCUCUUGUAUUUCAAGAAUUAUACUCAAAACAGUUUUAACUUACACUUGUAAGGACUGCAGUUAAGGUAUUGCCAAAUGCAUCCACUGAAUUUAAAACUUAUGAACAGACUCAAUCAAACCAAGUCUGCUGUUAUGAUGCUCGGUUGCAUUCUAUGCUUCUAAAGGAUCUUUUCACAGAAUUUAUUUAAAGGUAGCUGCCUGUUUGACAAUGGUUUUAAACUUGGUACGCAAUUUAGCAUUUUGGUGAACGCUAUGCAGACAUGAUGUUCUCUACUAAAAGAGAAAGAGAAUAGAGUUUGAGAUUUCAAGAUGUGAAUGUGUGCAGAAAACAUGUAUUUAUAAUGGUAAGAACUGCUGAAAAUCAGUAAAAAAAAUCAGUUAAGUUGCUUGCAAGGAUGGGUGAAAUCAUUUUUGAUGUCAUUUUACCCCAUUUUUGUUGUGAUAAAAAUGGUCAAUGUCGAUGUUCUAUCAAGCAAUCAAGUUAUAAUUGUUAUGUGUUUAGGUAUAUCAUAAACAACUCACUGAGCGGCAAUGACCUUCUUUACUUGGUUAUUUGAACUCGUAUACCAUUAUUGGCACCCAUGAUCCGCCCCUGUGCAAUAUAGGGUUAGUCAUACUUAUAACCACUUCAGGCUUGCUAGUGUAUGAUAUAUUAGUGUUGGCUGAUUUUAUCCUUAAAGUAUUUUUUAAGGGGCUUCAGUGGCCAAAUGGUUACGGUCGCCGACUUCAGAUCACUUGCCCCUCAUCAAUGUGGGUUCAGGCCUCACUGUGGGCUUUGAAUUUUUCACAAGAGGAAGCUAUCAAGCUGGCUUAUGGGAGGUCGGUGGUUCUACCCAGUUGCCUGCUCGUGAUGAAAUAAUGCACGGAGGGGCACAAGGGGUCUUCCUUCACCGUCAAAGCUGGAAAUUCGCCAUAUAACCUAUAAUUGUGUCAGUGCGACGUUAAACCCAACAAAAUAAAAAAAAUACAAUAUUUUUCGUACAGGAUGCCUCGUAUUUUAAGUUGUUGAUGUUACAUUACUGUAGUAUUAUGUGCAUACAUUUAUCUCUGCUACUGUUUCGUAGUUGUUUUUUUU